AUGUCUUCCGUCAGUGGCAACCCUGGAAACCCUCGCUUAUCUGAUGUUUGUGAAAGAACAAGACGAGUGUCAAUGCGAUUAAAUUCCACGGCAAUGCAUGCAGGCGGUCCGCUAUGGCUGACGGGAACGGUGAGUCCGGUGGUGGUGUCAUCGCCGGCGCCGAAAAGGAGGAAGCUUGAAGAGACAAGAGCGAUGAAUAUGACGGCAUGUGUUCGUGGUGGCAUCUUGUCAUUGGGCGGUGAGGAGGAAGCCACCUGCAGCAGCAACGACAACAACAGCAACAACAGCAACAACAACAACAGCAGCAGCGAUAAAAACCCCCACAAAUGUCCAUAUUGUGACGCAUUUUUUAAAAACACACAAGGCCUAGGUAGCCAUAAAAAGAACUGUAGAAGAAGAACAGAGAAAGAACAGGCAAAGAUGAUGAGGUUGUCCGCGGGGGAGGAGGGCAGGACUGGCUGCCAGGUACUAGAAUGUCCAUGUGGCCAAAAAGUGUUGUGCGAUAUAUGUGGGAAAAGUUGUAGGAAGGCUGUGGGUUUGAAUACCCACAAGCGCAGAAACGCCAAAUGUAAGUAA